AUGAAGUUAUCAAGUGCGAUUUUGGUCUUUUUGGCCGAUCGAGCAGCAAGUGCUGUAUUCAGUCGUGAGGCUUCAAUUGAUUACAACUCAGCACCCCCAAACCUGUCGACAUUAGCCAAUGCUACUCUGUUUGAUACAUGGAGACCGAGAGCUCAUGUACUCCCUCCAUCAGGAAAGAUAGGCGACCCAUGCAUGCAAUACACCGAUCCUAAGACAGGACUCUUCCAUGUUGGCUGGCUUCACGACGGAAUUGCAGGUGCGACUACAGAUGAUCUCGUUACCUACAAAGACUUGAGGUCCGACGGAAGUCCAUCAAUUGUUGCAGGAGGAAGAAACGAUCCACUCGCUGUCUUCGAUGGCUCGGUGAUCCCCAAUGGUAUUGAUGGUCUGCCCACAUUGCUGUAUACUUCGGUAUCUUACCUCCCAAUUCACUGGUCUAUUCCCUAUACCCGGGGAAGUGAAACACAAUCUUUGGCCGUUUCAUAUGAUGGUGGUCGCAACUUCACCAAGCUCGGACAAGGUCCGGUCAUCCCUUCCCCGCCAUUUUCCCUCAACGUGACGGCGUUCCGUGAUCCAUAUGUCUUCCAAAGCCCGGCAUUGGAUUCGGCCCUCAACAGCACCCAGAAUACUUGGUAUACCGCCAUUUCCGGUGGUGUUCAUAAUGUCGGACCUUGCCAGUUCCUUUACCGUCAGCACGAUGCAGACUUCCAAUACUGGGAGUAUCUCGGGCAAUGGUGGCAGGAGUCUGUAAACACCACCUGGGGUAAUGGUGACUGGGCCGGAGGAUGGGGCUUCAACUUUGAGGUUGGCAACAUUUUCAGCUUAAAUGAAGAGGGAUAUAGUGCCGACGGAGAACUGUUCAUGACACUCGGUACUGAGGGAUCCGAGGCACCCAUCACUCCCAAAGUUUCUUCCAUCCAUGACAUGUUGUGGGUGGCAGGAAAUAUCACGAAGGGUGACUCUGUCACCUUCACUCCUACCAUGGCAGGUGUACUUGACUGGGGCUUGUCAUCGUAUGCGGCUGCUGGAAAGAUUCUACCCGCUACUUCGAAGGCCUCUUCUGAGAGCGGCGCACCGGAUCGAUUCAUCUCAUAUGUCUGGCUUACUGGAGACCUGUUCGAGCUGGCAACUGGUUUCCCCACGUCUCAGCAAAAUUGGACCGGAGCCCUUCUUCUUCCUCGCGAGCUGAAGGUCCAAACCCUCCCCAAUGUUGUGGACAAUGAACUUGCACGCGAGCCAGGUUCUUCUUGGCGCAUUUCUCGCGAGGCAAGCGGCCAAGUUGAUGUCGAGUCCAUGGGAAUUUCAGUGGCUAGGGAAACCUACAAUGCUCUGACAUCCGCACCCUCCACUAUCGAGAGAGGUCGGACUUUGUCAGAAGUCGGAGAUUUGGCGUUCAAAACUUCACCAUCCAGCAAGUUUUUCGUUCUGACAGCGAACAUUUCCUUCCCUAGCUCGGCCCGUGGCUCCGAUCUUCAAUCCGGUUUCAGGAUUCUUUCGUCCGAGCUUGAGUCAACAUAUAUCUACUACCAAUUCUCAAACGAGUCUGUCAUUAUCGAUCGCAGCAAUACCAGUGCCGCAGCAAAGACCACAGAUGGAAUCAGCAGCGACAACGAGGCUGGUCGUCUGCGCCUUUUCGAUAUCGCACAGGAUGGAGCAGAAAAAGUCGAGACCUUGGAGCUGACUAUCGUGGCGGACAAUGGUGUUCUGGAGGUUUAUGCCAAUGGUCGCUUCGCGUUGAGUACUUGGGCACGCUCUUGGUAUGCAAACUCGACUAAUAUUAGCUUCUUCCACAAUGGUGUGGGAGAAGCUACCUUUGGAAAUGUGACUGUCUUUGAGGGCCUGUACAAUGCUUGGCCCCAGAGAGGAUAA